AGCUCUGCUGUAAAAAGGUUCAACACUCAGCCUCUCUCUGCUCUUCCUGGAAUGAAGCUCAGCCUGAUAACCCUCCUCCUCUUCCUGAUCUACAAACACAGCAGCUCAUAUUUCCACACCUUUCCUGGUUCCUCCCCUUCAGAUCUGCACUCAGGAAGAAGCUGACAGGAACCGUUCACUGCAGGAACACAUUUGUAGAUCAGCGUUCAGACGAGUUUCAUGUACGAGGAAGUCAAACACAAACAGUCUGUGUGACCAAGAGGAGAAAUGGCGCAGCAAAGAAAUCAGCCAGAUUCAGAGAAAUUCUCUUGUUUCAUCUGUCUGGAUCUACUGAAGGAUCCGGUCACUACUUCCUGUGGACACAGCUACUGCAUGGACUGUAUUAAAACACACUGGGAUGGAGAGGAUCGUAAGAGAAUCUACAGCUGCCCUCAGUGCAGGAAGACUUUCACACCGAGGCCUGACCUGCAGAAAAACGUCCUGUUAGCAGAGUUAGUGGAGGAGCUGAAGAAGACUGGACUCCAAGCUGCUGCUGCUGAUCACUGCUAUGCUGGACCUGAAGAUGUGGCCUGUGAUGUCUGCACUGGGAGGAAGAUGAAGGCUGUCAAGUCCUGUCUUGGCUGCCUGAUUUCUUACUGUGAAAAUCACCUCCAACCUCACUAUGAUGUGGCUCAACUACAGAAACACCAGCUGGUGGAACCCUCCAAGAACCUCCAGGAGAACAUCUGCUCUCGUCAUGAUAAGAUGAAGGAGAUUUUCUGUCUCACUGAUCAGCAGUUGAUCUGUCAUCUCUGCACAAUGGAUGAACAUAAAGGCCAUAAAACAGUCCCAGCAGCAGCAGAAAGGAAGAAGAAGCAGAAGAAGCUGAAGGUGAGUCGACUAAACAUCCAGCAGAGAAUCCAGGACAGACAGAAAGAUGUGAAGCUGCUUCAACAGGAGCUGGAGGACAUCAAUGUCUCUGCUCAUAAAACAGUGGAGGACAGUGAGAAGAUGUUCACCCAGAUGAUCCAUCUCAUCCAGAAAAGACUCUCUGAGGUGAAGCAGCAGAUCAGAUCCCAGCAGGAGACUGAAGUGAGUCGAGUCAAAGAGCUUCAGGAGAAGCUGGAGCAGGAGAUCAGAGAUCUGGAGAGGAAAGACGCUGAGCUGAAGCAGCUCUCAGAUACACCAGAUCACAGCCAGUUUCUCCACAACUACCCCUCAGUGUCAGCACUCAGUGAGUCCACACACUCAUCCAGCAUCAACAUCCGUCCUCGGAGACACUUUGAGGACGUGACAGCAGCUGUGAAGGAGCUCAGAGAUCAACUACAGGACAUUCUGAGGGACACACGGACAAACAUCUCACUGGCAAUCACUGAAGUGGAUGUUUCACUGUCAGGACCAGAACCAGAACCAGAACCAAAGAGCAGAGAUGAGUUCUUAGAAUAUUCAAGAGAAAUCACUCUGGAUCCAAACACAGCACACGGACGUCUGGAAUUAUCUGAAGGAGACAGAAAAGUCUCCAACAGAUCCAUUGGAUAUUGUCAGUGCCUGAGUAGAGAGAGUCUGACUGGACGUUGUUACUAUGAGGUGGAGUGGAGAGGAGAAGGAGUUUAUGUAGCAGUCGCAUACAAGAAUAUCUGCAGAGAUGGAGGCUUAUAUGAAUGUGGAUUUGGUCUCAAUUACAAAUCUUGGUCUUUACGUUGUGACAUCGACAGUUACUCAUUUUGGUACAACAACACUGAAACGCUCAUCUCUGGUCCUCAGUCCUCCAGAAUCGGAGUCUAUCUGGAUCACAGAGCAGGUAUUCUGUCUUUCUACAGCGUCUCUGAAACCAUGACUCUCCUCCACAGAGUCCAGACCACAUUCACUGAACCCAUACAUGCUGGAGUUUGUCUUUUCUACGAUUCAGACACUGCCGAGUUCCUUCAACUCAAACAGAGCACUUCCAGUGUCUGAGGGUCGGUUCAUGUUCAGCCCUGAUUUAAGUUCAUGAUCUACAGUUUACUUCUGUAGUUGCAGCAUUAAUUAGUCACAUGACGACGGAACUGUUUAAUUCUUAAAUGUUUCAUUUUUAAAUCUUCUUUCACCUUCUGAAACAUUUCUUGAUUUUGCUUUCCAUAUCUGACAAGAAAUUGAAUGUUUUGUGGGUUUGGAUUCAAACUGUUUGAUUGUUGAGCUGUGGGUGAUUAAAAAAUUUGUUUUAGUAUUUUCUGACAUUUUACGCUCAAAAUGACUGACAAAGAAAAUAAUCAGAUUGAAAUAAUCAUUAACUGAAGUCCUGUAAUCCAUAGUUUCAUCAUUUAUUUGAUAUUUUCUGUGUGACAGUUGAGAUUAUUGUUGAUGAACAACCAGUUUGUCUAAAUGGAUUUGAGUCAAUGUUUUUACUUUUUUGGUCUUUUUGUCUCUUUGCAGUUUUGUGUCAGAAAGCUGAAACAUAAAAUGUGCAUCUGUACCAGUUUGACACAUGAAAUCAUGAAAUUCACAUUUUAUUCUUUGCAUUUUAUUGUAAAUAUUUCCAUGUUUUCACAUUUUACUUUCUCAGAAACUAUUUUGCAACUUAAGAGUUGCAUGAAAAUGUUCUUCUGAAUCUGAUCUUUGCUUUCCUUUGAUUUGAAUCCAUGUUUCUUCGAUCUCAUGUUAUUGAUGCAUUUAUGGAACCAGCUGAGAUGAAGGAAAAAUCAGAUUUUUAUUCAAAUGUGCACUUCAUUUCUCUUUUACACAGAUAUAUGUACAGAAUGUGUUGGAUUUGUUUUUGUUUUUUUUGUGGGUUUUCUGGUUGAAAAUAAUGAUAUUUUAUUACAGUCAAUAGACAUUUAAUAAUCUGACUUGGUGGCUUUUGAAAUCUUGUUGGUGUGUUUUGUUUUGUUUCUAACAGUCGACAAACUUGUGAUUCAGCUUCAUGUUAAUCUGCAAAUAAACAACAAUAAAAGAACAGAGCCUGAA